CGCGAACGCACCACAUACAACAAACAUGGCGCCGACCAAAAAGCGCAACGUGAGUUCAAAAUCUAAUGCAAAAAGGGAUAAAAUCGAUUUGGAAGGUGUCGUUGAGCGUAUACUUGAAAGCAGAAAGCAUGCCAACGACGUUUUUGACAUUCUCGAGUUCCUUCAGUCAGAAAAAGAGGAGGAUGUUUUCUGCGCUGUUAAUGCCUGCUGCAAGCUGUUCUGCACAUUGUUGGAGAGAAAGGAUCUAUUUAUUGGAAAGCUUCCUGGGGAGGAUGCGUCGUUGAACGGUGGACACAGCGCUGAGAUGAAGUACAAGAUUUUCAUGCGACACCGUUACAACAGCUGUGUGGAGAUUAUGCUGGAGCAUCUCAACCAUGAAACACAUGAAGUUAAGGAAAGUGCCCUGUGCUGCCUGAUGAAAUUUGCUGAAGGGCAAGGACAGCAUCCUCUGGAAGAUCUGGACUGGAGUGAACAUUUCAGCUUCCCAAGAGAACUGAUCCAAGCAGUGGUGCACAACCUUCUGUCUCAGAGCUCAGACAACUCCCUGCUGAUCUCCAGGUUCCAGGAGUUCCUUGAGAUGGAAGAUGUACGUUACUACGUGAUAAGCUCCAUCCGUGAAAAUGUGGCCACAGUCAUGGAAAAAAACAAAGGGGCUGUCCUGCUUGUAUAUCAGUCCAAUGUGUUCAUUCUCAUGUCCAACAUUAAUAUGCCGAGCCAGAACUCUGAGCUUACCAACUUCAUGGUCAAACAGGAAGCCAAGCAUGAAGAUUGGAAGGCAGCAAAGCUCAAUGACCACAAACGGGCCUUUGAGAGAAUGUGGCUCAGUUUUCUCAAGUAUAAGUUGCCUAACAGUAUGUAUAAGAAGGUGUUGGUGAUCCUUCAUGAGUCCAUCUUGCCACACAUGAGCAAACCCACACUAAUGAUUGACUUUUUGACAGCUGCCUAUGAUGUUGGUGGAGCAAUCAGUCUGCUGGCUCUAAAUGGCCUGUUUGUGCUCAUUCAUCAACACAACCUAGAUUAUCCUGAUUUCUAUAAAAAGUUGUAUAAUCUUCUUGAGCCGUCUGUUUUCCAUGUGAAGUACAGAGCACGCUUCUUUCAUCUGGCCAAUCUUUUCCUUAGCUCCAGUCAUCUGCCAGUCUACCUGGUGGCUGCGUUUGCCAAACGCCUGGCUCGCCUGGCUCUUUCAGCUCCACCCACAGCUCUUCUCAUAGUGCUGCCCUUCAUCUAUAAUCUGAUCCGACGCCAUCCAUCCUGCAGAGUUCUGAUUCACAAGCCCACCUUAGAAGAUGAGCUUCUUGAGGAUCCGUAUGUGAUGGAAGAAGAGGAUCCAGCUCUUUGUCAUGCCUUAGAUAGCAGCCUGUGGGAAAUUAAGACACUGCAGAGGCAUUAUCAUCCCGAUGUGGCCAAAGCUGCGAUGUUGAUCAACACACCUCUAUCAGAGCAAGAAGAUGACAUCAGUGAGGUGCUGGAGAUAACUGCUUAUGAGCUGAUGGAGCGAGACCUGAAGCUGUCUCAGGGCAAGGGGGCUCCGCUGGAGUUUGAAACAGCUACACAUUUACUAAAAGGAGGUGGAGAAGUGUUGGGACAACACUUUUGUCUAGUUUAAAAGAUUAUUAAAGAAUACUCCAUUGUGUGUCACUUUCUUUAUGCUGGUAAGGUUUUGUGGAUGAAUGCCUGAAGUGGUUUGUAGUCAUGCAGGAGUAUAGACAGACUUCAUGUACAAAACUGCCAUAUAAAUAAAGCUUUUUUUUAAAUUAGA